AUGGCCACCGACUUCUCGACCGCCCCAUUCCAGAAGAUCCAGAUCCAGCGCGAGGACACCACUUUUGAUGCCUAUGUUGUUGGCAAAGAAAAUGCUCCUGGAAUUGUGGUUUUGCAAGAAUGGUGGGGAGUUGACUAUGAGAUAAAGAACCAUGCGAUCCACAUUUCCCAACUUGGUGGAGGAUACAGAGCACUCAUUCCAGAUUUAUACCGUGGAAAAGUUGCUCUUGAUGUUGCUGAGGCACAGCAUCUGAUGGAGGGUCUCGACUGGCAGGGUGCAGUCAAGGAUAUUCAGGCUUCAGUUAAAUGGCUGAAGUCAAAUGGAUCACCCAAGGUUGGUGUUACUGGCUAUUGCAUGGGAGGUGCUUUAUCAAUUGCAAGUGGAGUUUUAGUCCCAGAGGUUGAUGCUGUUGUUGCUUUCUAUGGGACACCAUCUUCUGAGCUUGCUGAUCCUUCUAAGGCUAAGGCUCCUAUACAGGCUCAUUUCGGGGAGCAUGACAGUUUUGUUGGUUUUUCAGAUGUCACUGCAGCCAAGUCCCUGGAGGAGAAGCUCAAAUCUUCAGGCAUACCAUAUGAAGUUCACAUAUACCCUGGAUGUUCACAUGCCUUCAUGAACACUUCGCCUUAG